GUUUAAAACGGUGUUAAUCUUGAUACCGAUUAAAUUGUUUUGUUAUACAAUUGAUGGAUGUAUGUGACAUAGGUCUACUGUAUAUAUUAUAAUUAAUAAACCAACAAAAAUGGCAUCAAAAUACGCUACUGAAGAUCUAGAUUCAGAUGAAAUUGUAGAAAUGUAUUGUGAAUUGUGCAAAAAGAAAGGUAAACAUCGUAUCGCUGACGGAUUUUGUGUGAAUUGUGUCAAAUAUUUUUGUAAAGAUUGCUUAUCAUAUCAUACUGAAUUUCUACCUGAUCAUGUACAUAAAGACAAGACUAAUAUGCCACAAGAUGUGUGCUUAAACCCGUGUCCUAGUCACAGCGAGGAUAUCAUCAAAUUCUACUGCUCAAGUUGCAACAUGUUUUUCUGUUCUGAAUGUAAGAAGAACGGCCACAAUGAAUGUAAAAAUGUUCAUCAUUUACCAGAUCUUGUAAAAGAUUUAGAAAAAGGAACAGAAUUUUUAAACCUUGGGCAAGAUUUAGAUGCAGUUGUGGAAGAAUCACAAAUACACGUUUCUGUUCUGUCUGAGGCUAAGAAAUUAAUGGAAGCGAUGUGUAGUGCGGCAUUGUCAGAAAUAGAUUCAAUGAGGGACCAACUUAUCGAAUAUAUAAAUAGAAGUGUUGGAACAAUAAAAUCAGAUUUGAAAUCAAUAGAAAACGCUGAAAUGAAAACAAUCCAAGAUAAUUGCUCAAAACUGUCUGCAUUGAUUUCCGAGACAUCAUCCAUGAAAUCUAAGAUGGAUCAGAAAGUACGGGAAUGUAAAAGAUGUGAAUUGUUCAUGGCCAUGAAGGAUAUGCAAACGAAGCAAAAAGCCCUACAGCAAAAGGUAUUGGAGAUGAAGCGGCACAAGUUGAGAGACUUUGAGUUUGAAGCAAAUAGCAGUAUCAAAUCUUUGAUGAAAAAUCAUAUUCCGUUGGGAAAUCUAGUUUUCAAACAGAAUGUAGGUACCACCUGUAUUAAAGAGGAAUCCGCACAAAUGGGACAGACUGUAGGUACCACCUGUAUAAAAGAGGAAUCUGCACAAAUGGAACAGAAUGUAGGUACCACCUGUAUAAAAGAGGAAUCCGCACAAAUGUCAAAGUCCAUGGUAGAUAUACCAGAUGUAGAAACACAGAAGUCGUUCGUUGCAAACCAAUUACAGAAACCAUUAAUUGAAGGAGAGACAUGGUACAUUAUUGAUAUCAAAUGGUUCAAACAGUGGAAAAGUUAUGUUGGUUACGAGAACCGGGAUCGCUUAAAUGUAGGCGAGGAAUUAGCUUAUCCAGGGCCUAUAGACAAUACCCCUAUUUUACAAGAAGGAACGGAUAAACUGAAAGAACACUUGAUAGAUAAUUUAGAUUAUUCGCUUAUUCCUGGAGAAUGUUGGGAAAUGUUGCUCUCUUGGUAUGGAUUAUUGGAAGGACAGAAACCAUUACCAAGAAAAGUGAUAGAAGAAGGUGUUUAUGGUAAAUCGUUAAAAGUGGAAGUUUACCCGUGGCAUCUGAAGAUUUAUGAUAACUCUAAACCAGAUGAUGUUAUUACAAAAACUUUCAGCAGAAGUGAUACAGUCCGCAAACUUGAAGAAGUAAUGCGUAGGGAAUUUAGCAUACCCAAUGAUAAAGAAGUCCGGUUAUGGAAUAUGUAUAUGACAAACAUGUACGAACAGUUGGCGGACAAAGACAAGACGUUACAGGAGGCAGGGUUAUAUCAGGGUCAAGUAAUCGUGAUAGAGCAGAAAAAUCCCGACGGAUCAUGGCCUAAAGGAAUAAAAAAAUAAAAAAAUUGAAUACAAAGUAACUAAAGCAAUGAGUAGAGUUUUAAAAUUGAUGGAAAAAAAAAUAUAAAAAAAGUGAAAUCGGAUAUUUAGCUAAAGGAACGAUAUUCAUUAAAGCUAUAACUACAUUCCAAAGAUUAGAACUAUGCAUUUAUUUCAUUAUUUAAAUGGUGUACUGUAUAGAGGAAAAACUAUUUUAUAACAUGUUUUCGAUGGUUUAUAGAGAUAUAUCAGUGAAAUAUAAAACUGAUAAUUUCACUGUUGAAACAGUGAAAAUAUCAUUUUGUUAAGUUCACUGUUUUGAAUUUAAGCCCUUUCAGUUGUUUCGAUGAAAUACUAGCGUGCACAGUACUGGGAACCAACUUAAUGACGUGACGUCGUUAAUGACGUCACGUUGUUUUAUUAUUUGGCGAGCUUUGCAUUUAGUAUUAGGAAAACAUGUCUUUUUAAGCGUUUCUUUGCAUAUAAUAAAAAGAAAAGUUGUUAAGUUUAGUGUAAGAUCGAAAUUUAUUUAACCUCGUGAAAUCAAAAGUUAAUUUUUCACUCGUGGCUGCGCCACUUGUGAAAUAUACCUUUUGGUGCUCACUCGGUGAAAUAUAUUCCGAUCUUACACUGAACUAAACAAAUUUAUUACCCUUCCAGAUUUUUUCCGCCUUUUUGAUUGGAUAUUGAUCACCCGAAAGAAAUUGAUAUUACCGAGCCAGACGGGUAAUAUACACACUAAAUUACCCCGUUGGGUACCCCACGUUCUAAACAACAUGCUCUGUGGCGAUGCGCGUACGGUUUGAUUUUACGCGAUGUAAAUUCCGAUUUACGAGCAUUUUUCAACUGUCAAAUGAUAAAUAUUUACCAAAAUAGAGUAAUCAUACAUAUCCCAUCAGUAUUGAAAACAAAUAUGACAUUGUGAAAGCUUGAUAUUAAUUCCAAAAAGGUGCGUUCAACAGACUAGUCCUUUUCUCCAAUUUACAUGCGUUAGGUUCGAAAGAAAAUACGUCAUGUAUUUAUGUGACGUCAUGUAGAGGUGAAGGGGUACCCUAAAGGGAAUCUUAUUUCGACGUUUCAUUUGAAGUAGCAAUGAUUUAUUUUAAGAUCGUCUUAACUCGGCAGGGGAAGGGUAAUAAAAUUAUUAUUUUGGUUUUGGAGUGAUAUAUGUGGAUAUAUUACCUGUCAAGAUAAAAUAUCACCCUCGCCUAACGGCUCGGGUAAUAUAAAAUCUUGACAAGUAAUAUAUCCACAUAUAUCACUCCAAAACCAAAAUAACAUAUAAUCCUCUAUAUGUUCCAGAGCUGUAUAUAUGCAUGAGACUGAAUAAUAAACUUUCUGUUAUGUUCUGAUUAAAAUAUACAAUAAACAUAUAAAACUUGCACCUUAAUAUUGCCUGUUGUAAAUUGUCAGCUCUUAAGACAUUUUGGUACAUAUAUAGAGUAUAUUGAAUAAGUGUAAGUUUAAUACUGAAUUUAUUGAACGAGUUGAAUAAAAUUAUAUAAUGCGAGCCUCUUGCGAGCAUAUUAUUUUAAUCAACGAGUUUAAUACGCGGAAAGUCCGAGCGGGGCCGAAGGCCCCGCGAGGGCUGUAGCGCUCUUAGAUAACAUGUAUGACGCGUAUCAAUUCAAAUGAAAUCAAAUUCAAACUAAAUAAAAAUUUCAAAAAAAAUAUAUCCUAUACCUAAUGAGCUGUGAAAAAAUCCUUAGUUAAUGGGCGCCGCCAUUUUGAAAUCCCUUUGAGCUAAAUAUAGAUAUCAGAGUGCUUUUAAUGAGCGUCUGAAUAAUUCAGACUAUUGCUAGCAGACGCAUGCUAAGUAACACUUCCGGUGAAAGAAUGAUGUACAAAAUCAGAAAAUAAACCUGCAUUUCAUUGAUAAGAAUUAAAGUAACGAUUAUAUAUUAAAAAGUUUCUUUAACAUAUCAUUUUUGAUAAAUUAGCACAUUAAAAAUAACGUUAAAACAACAACUGUGAUUAGAGAUUAACAAAAAUGGAGGACGUGAUUUUCCGAACGCCGACGCAUGCGCAGGGGUUCCCCUUUAUGUUCGGAGAUUUUCGGAAUAUUCCGAGCGCUCCGACGAUAGGUUGAACACCACCAAUUUAUUCGUUUUUGUUUAUGGUACAAAAUAUCUUCAAGAAAGAUCUGGUUUACAUGUACACUAAUAUGUUAUGCUAAAAUCAUAAUUCAUUAGAGCUUUCCG